CUUCCUCGAGGAUCUUCUUGUCCUCAUCCGACAGUUGUUGCUGCUAAAUCAUCAGUGCAAAUGGACAUAAGCCUUUGCUAAGCAUUCUGCGCUCACGUCAGGCAUGUUGGCUACUGUGAUGAACGUUCGUCUCUGAUGUGGGAUUGCAGGUAUCGCCGGUGAACGACUUGAAUGGACAUCCGCAAUGCACGUUCGAAGUGGUUUAUGCUACAGCUGAGCUCUUGACCCUCUUCUGCCCCUCAUCACAACGCGGCACAUUCACUAGGAUUAUGACGCAAGAGAGCAGGCUAAUGGUUCGCACUAGCCCAAACAGUUCGUUCGAGCAUGGACCCUGCCCGCUGCAUUCGGAAGUCACGCAUCCGCGAACAUUCACACACGUUCGAUUCUCCAGCAUCGCAAAGCGUUGUUAUGGACUUCGUCAAACUACCGGGAACAUGCUGUUCUAAACAUUCAGCCCCGGUGAUGCGGACGUACCAUGAGCCAUGGGCGACUGGAUCGCACAGUACUCCGCCGCGCUCACGGAGCGAGAUGCGCGCGAACAAGCGCACAAACCCUACAUUGAUGCCUACACAAGGCUAGCAGACCGUACAGCGGGCCUGCGUGCACCCGCACCGGCACCCCAAUCAGCAGCUCCAUCAUUACCGCAGUCGAUCGCGAGCAAAGAUCGCUCAAUCACCACACCCUCCAAAGCCCGAACCAGCGCUUCAAACGAAGCAGAGCAGGCCCCCAACGAGUUACUCUCCGCCCUCCGCGCCGACCUCGCAACCACCCAAAAAGCCCGCGCAACCCUACAAGCGCAGAUAGACGACCUCACGACCUCCCUCUCCGCCCUCGAAACACAAAACAAAGCGUCAACCGCACACCUCACGCAACUAACGCGGCAGAAAGCGGAGCUAGAACGUCGUGUACGCGACCGAGACGAGGAAUUACGGGAGAAGAGUCGACUGGUCGUGCGGGCACAAGAUGAGAUGGUGGCAUUGGAGCUGCAGAUGAAUGUUGCAGAGCAGCGGUCGGAGAAACUCGUCAAGGAGAAUCAGGAGCUGGUGGAUCGGUGGAUGAAGCGGAUGGGGGAGGAGGCGGAGAGUAUGAAUCGGCGGUCGAGGUGGGAGUGACUUGCGCCGCGGCAGGUGUUCCGGUGCAAUGCAAGCUCAAAUGGAAAGGGCGUGCCAGCCGCUUGAAACAUUAUUAUG